UUAAACGGUCGUGUUUAACUUAUAUUUAUUCCUACCACUACUACUAGGAACAGUUUCCUACUACUAUAUUACUAUUUCUCUGUGUUACUAUGUAUAGGCCUCUAUUUCACCUGUCGGUGGCAGCACUCAAUUCAUACGUGCUAUGGUACGACCAGAAGUAUGUGGAGCUGCCCUUCCCCACCAAGGAGAUGGGGGAACUGCCUCUGAAGGCGCGCUCCGUCUUCCUCACCAUGUGGUGUUUGUUACUACAAACGGUGUACUAUUACGUCUCGUUUCUGUGCGACUUCCUGGCGGAUAGCUCGCGGAAACGUCAUAUGCUGCACAAGAUCAGAGACGCCAUGUUCGCCGUCGCGUUUCCCUUGGCCAUCUUCGUGGCGGCGACAUUCUGGAGCAUCUACCUGGUGGACAGGGAGCUCAUCUUCCCCGAAACCUUGGAUAACAUCUUCCCGCCGUUCUUCAACCAAGUUAUGCACACCACAGUCGCAAUCUUCAUCGUUAUUGACCUGUUUAUUACGUACAGGGAGUACCCGACGAGAUCGGUCGGAUUCGGUCUCUUCAUGAGCAUAUUCCUCGUGUACCUGGUGUGGACCUUCUACAUCUUCGCCACCUGCAAGGCCUGGGUCUACCCCGUGUUUGACCACUUCACCUGGCCGCAGAGGAUCCUGUUCAUAGUCUUCAGCUUCGUGACAGGAGCGAGCUUCUACAUCGCUGGUGAGAAGGUCAACAGUAUGGUGUGCCCGAAACGAACCAAACAGAAAAAUGUGGCGACAAACGGAAAAUCAAAACACUCGUAGCAAUAUAGCGAACCCUAAAUAAAAUUAUUUAGUUAUUCACUUUA